AUGACACUUUUGUGGGUGUUUUCGAUUAGUUUUUUGUUUUGUUUGUCUUAUCGAUUUGUAGAAUGUGAUUCGAGAGAUGAAGAUUUUGAGGUGAGACUGGGAAGCUUCAGAUGAAUUUCCAAAGUUAUUGAUGCAUUUUUUUUAGAAAGAUAGGUAUAAGUUUCGAUGGCCAAGUACAACAACAAAAAUAUUGGCAACUACAGAAACGAUAACUACAACAACUGAGAAACCAGUGUAUACUUUGGCUCCGGAAACCAGGAAAAUUUUGAAAAAGGUUGGUUGAGGUAUUAAAUAUGUAUUCAAAGAAAUUUGGUUACUGUACUAGAAUUUUUUGGUCGAUUUUAAAUUUUUUCCAAUAGCCCUGAAGCCAUUCUUUAGUUUCUGAUUCACUAUUUCAAGUUUUCCAUUUUCAUCAAAAAUAUCCAACCAAAUACUCAGACCAAACUUUUACAAAAAUAUUCCCCUAACAAAUUUCCAGAGUCUCGGCGGUUGCACUCCCAACAAACGAAAGAAGCAACUCGCCAAACUUCGCAAAGCCCAAAAAAUCGACGGUGUCUCCAAAAAUCACUCAAAAAUUCUACACAAAAGCUAUCCGAAAGUCAAAGUAACAAACAAUCCGCCAGCUUUAGAUCUUUAUGAGAUCAAUGAGCAAGCUGGUUUGAAUGAUUAUUUGUUUCAAGGUGAUAUAAAUUUAAAUGAGUUGCAAAUUGCCGAAUUUUCGACAAACUCAUCAUCGGGAAGGAAAAAGAGACAAAUCUUGAAUUCCGCUCCAUAUUGGCCGAAUAAUAUUGUUUAUUAUUAUUUUGAUUCAAGUUUGGGAGCUACAAUGCAAUCAAUUGUGAUAAAUGCAAUGCAAUUUAUCUCGCAACAAACAUGCAUCAAUUUCGUUCAAAAUUCAACAGCAACAAAUCGUGUAAAAAUAAUAAAUGGAGUCGGAUGUUAUUCAAAUGUUGGAAUGACUGGAGGCGAACAAAUAUUAUCUUUAGGAUCAGGUUGUGAUUUGCAAGGUAUUGCUGCUCACGAAUUAUCCCAUUGUUUAGGAGUUUUUCAUUCACAAAUGAGAUCUGAUCGAGAUUUAUAUGUCACUAUUGAUCUAACAGAUGUAGACACAGAUAUGCAGGUACUUUUGAACAUCAAUGAAAUAUUUCUCAUCCCAAAGCUUUUCAGCAAAACUUUGUGAAAUACACAGCGCUUACCAGCACAAAUAUAAUAGAUUAUGAAUAUGGAAGUUUUAUGCAUUAUAGUGGUCGAGCAUUUGUUUCAACUGGCGGAGUUGAUUCAAUUGUGCCGAAAGAGCCUUUGAUGAUUUAUACGAUGGGUGGAAGAAUUGUAACUUUUAAGGAUAUUCAGAUGUUGAACAAACAUUAUAGUUGCUCAUGUGAGUUACCAGACUCAGAAUCUAUGUGCCCAGAGGGGAACUUUCUGAGAAAAAGGUUAUGACGUGGCAAAAAUCCGCUUUUUGAGUUCUGCAUUGUUAAUCUAGGAUGAUGUGAUCAUUGAAACUUUACAAUCUAUUCUUCUCAUAUUCAUGAAUAAUUUCCAGUUCAGACUACAAACUUUGUUAUGCAAAAACCAAAAUUUAAAAUAAAUUUGAAACAGUGAGAUUUUGAACUGGCUCCAGAAUUUCCAAAGAUAUAUGUUCACCUUUUCCACGUCAUAACAUCUUUCACAUGCUUUCUAGGCCCAUCUCCUCAACUCGACUGUAAAAACGGAGGAUAUCCGAACCCAUCCAACUGCUCAAUUUGCAAUUGUCCCUACAGUUUUGCUGGCACUCUUUGCGAUAAAAAAGCAAACUACACAUGUGGUGAAAUCCUAGAAGCAAGUUCAGAAUGGAAAAGUGUUACCUAUACAUUUGGCGACGCUUCAAAUAAAGCAACAGCUCGUUCCACGUUUACUUAUUGUAAUCAUUGGAUAAAAGCGCCAAAUGAAAAACAAAUUCAAUUUCGGAUCACUUUUGCGAAUAAUACACAAUGUGGUUAUGGUUGUACUUUUAAUGGAAUUGAGCCAAAACUGUUAUUUGAUAAGACAAUGACACAGACUAGGUGAGAAAAGAAUGGAUUAUAUUUGAACUGAGCUCGAGGUUCUUUGUCAGUUUUAUAUCUUGAUAACAUUCAGAUGAAACUAGAUUUUGUAAUCAAAAAUUAUUUAAAAAGUGCAAUUUUCAGAGAAAAUCAUUUUAAAAUAACAAUAGGAUUACUGUAGAUUUGUAGCAAUUUUCUAUUGAUUUUCAGAUAUUGCUGUUCUGAAUUCAAUAAUCAAAUUCUUCAAAGCGACUCGAAUUUUCUGCCAGUUUUCUCUUAUAAUCGUUAUUACACAACAACUUUUACAUUUCAAUACAGAUAUGGUUCGUAAUUUUCCCCAUAUUUUGCCAACAAAACUUCAAUUUUUCAGUUGACUUGAACAUCACAGCUUGCGCAAAUUUACUAGAUUUGUGAGUUUUUUUUGUUUUUGCCCGGAAUGUGUCGAACAUUUUUAAGGGACACUUGCACAAAUUUGAAAAACUCGGGAUGUUCGAAUUAUUCAAAUUCGGAACUGAAAGUUAUGUGUGCGACAACUUUUGGAUUGUGCGGGAAUUCUACAAUAACACCGUGUGCAGAUAGAUUUUCACCAGAAGAGUGAGUUGAAUUUAGCAUUUUUACAUCAAUUUAGGAUUUUUUUUAACUAAUAUGGUUUGAAUUUCUGAUAAAAAAUCAUUAUACAAAACUAAAAAAAUGACCUAAAAUUAGGAUUUUUAAUUCAAACAUUUCCAGCUGUUCUACCUAUAAAUCAAGUGGUCGUUGCUUAUCGGAUCAUGCUCUGAUCGCUGAAUAUACUUGCGCAUCAACAUGCGGUUUUUGCACAAAUCCAGUAUAA